AAUACAUCAUCAUUGCUUAUAGAGAAUUUUUCUUGGGCUUGCGAGAUUUAAUAUAUUUUUCUGUAUAUACUAUUUAUCGUCUAUCGAGUCGUUUCAUACCUUUUUUUGUCCAAGCCGGCCAGAAUUACUCUCCAGGAAAAGCGCAAGAUAAUAAAACGGGCAAUAAUUAUAUGUACUAGACCUAAGAGACCAUCCUGACAAGCAACAAUGGGAUCAGUCCUUGAACUAUUCUCCCUCGAGGGGAAGACGGCGCUGGUCACUGGUGGCACUCGAGGCAUCGGUCAAGCCAUGACUCUUGCUUUGGCCGAAGCCGGCGCAGAUAUUAUCCUGAUUCAGCGAGAUACCUCAAAUACCGCGACCAAGUCCCUGAUCGAGUCCCUUCCCGGAUCACGAAAAUGCACGAUCAUCACUGCGGAUCUCUCCUCCGCAGAAUCAGUCCGCUCACUGGUCCCAGACCUUCUCUCGAGAAACCCCUCAAUACGGAUCGAUAUCCUCCUCAAUUGCGCAGGCAUCCAGCGCCGCCACCCCAGCCAGAAAUUCCCGGAUGAAGACUGGAAUGACGUACUCCAGGUCAACCUCUCCACUGUCUUCACCCUCUGCCGCGACGUGGGCGCGUACAUGCUGUCCCAGUCCCCUGACUCCCGCGGCCAGCGUGGCGCCAUUAUCAACGUCGCGUCGCUGCUCAGUUUCCAAGGCGGGCUUACGGUGCCCGCGUAUGCAGCAUCGAAGGGGGGAGUAGCGCAAUUGACUAAGGCUCUGAGCAACGAGUGGGCGGGCCAGGGAAUCAACGUCAAUGCGAUCGCACCGGGGUACAUUGCAACGGAUAUGAAUACGGCGAUUAUCAACGAUGAGAAUCGGGCAGGUACCAUCCUGGCGAGGAUUCCCGCGGGGAGAUGGGGGAAGCCGGAGGAUUUUAAGGGGGUUGUGGUCUGGUUGGCGAGUGCAGCGAGUGCUUAUGUAAGUGGGGAGAUUGUAACGGUGGAUGGGGGGUGGAUGGGAAGAUAAGUAUCUAUCAGGUUUAUAGAGAGAUUGGGAUUUAGAGAGCACGAGAAAGAUCUGCGGAUAUGGAAAGAUAAGAAUAGGGAUUUAUUGCGCGGUUGAUGCAGUCAGAUAAA